AUGUCCUUCUUACUCGAAAUACCUCUGGAAAUCAGGCUGGUGGUCUUCCACUGGGUUAUUUGUUCCCUGAACCUGCCACCCUCGGGUCCCUCAGAAAGCCGAACAGACCGAAAUAUACUGCAAGAUACCGAGGACGACGGGGAGUGCACUUACGUUGGGGUUUGGUAUCUUGCGCCCACCAAUCCUGCUCUCCCUCUUCUCCUAGUAAAUCGGCAGAUUCAUCGUGAAGUCAAGGAACUCAUCCCUUGCCUAUCUACGGACUGCCACGUCGACAUCAUGUACGUCAAAGAGUCUGGGGUUUGGCCCACCUGGUCCAUCCCCGCUCUGCCUCGGACACAGUAUACUGGCUCUCUUUACGCUACAGUUCGAACUUUUGACGCUCCUGUGACAUUGGAGAACAUGUAUCGUCAUAGAGUUAUAGUAGAUGGUGGUCACCGAUCGUCAACUGUCCUACACUGGUCAUUCUACUGGCUACUCGCGAAAUUUCUGGACUACGGGCCCGGACUUCUACGUCCCAGCCCUUCUAAAUACAGCCGACCUACAACAUCUUCACGAUAUGUUGUCAACGAAGUCGUUAUUGAUGUCGUGGCACCUAGUGGUGAAUCAGGCUACAAGAGCAUCCUCGUCGAUGACAGACGCUAUGAGGUGACAAAGAAGGGGCUAGAAAGGUUUCCAAUCCACGACGAUGUCUCGCUACCGAUUGAGGAGCGUCUGGCGAUAUAUCUAUCUGGCUAUUUGGACAGAAUUCUGUCCUUUGACGUCAAUAUGGUGGAGAGAGGCUUGAUCCUCUACGAGCAGGUGAUAGACAGAAUCACUGUGACAGUGAAUGGAAAGGAGUUCAAGGUAUUUGAUCUCGAGGCUCGUCUGAGGAAGGAGGAAGCCCGCUGGCGGAAGGAGAUACCAGACUCCAACGAGAAGCUGAAGCCGUUCCUGGAGAAAUGGACACAGUGGGUGGGCGAGAGACGGCAGGCAAUGAGAGAAGGGUCCGAGAUUGAUGAUGCCGAAAAGCCCGUUUCCACCCUCCCCUCAUUCUAG